AUGCAGUCCAACAACCGUGCCUCUCUUCUCAACGGUCUUCGCACAGGAGGUGUGCGCUCUACGUCCAUGUCUGGUCCACAUACUGCCGCCCUCGGCGGUUCCUUCAAUAUCCCACGGUUUGCGUCCAACUCAUUCCAGCACUCUGUCUUUACAGAGGAGGAUGAUAUGGAUGAAGUUGGCGAGCUUUUCUCACAGAACAUGUACAUCAACAAUCAGCCCGUCAAUUCCCGUCCUCUCACAGCCGCUGUAGACCGUCCAAACAACCGUUUCGUCCAGCAGCAAAUGGCUGCUCAGAGUGGCCUGAACCCCAAUAGUGUUCCGUUUUACCCCUCGUAUUCUCAGGGGAUGCAGGCACAAAACUCAAGCGAUGUUCAGUUGCACGCGUAUCAGCAGAUGCAGUUGAUGCAAUUGGAGAUUGCCCGUUUACAGACCGAGCAGGCACAGCGUAACGCUCGUGCUCAGGCUAUCCUCAUUCAGCACGCUUUGCGCCAGCAGAUACAGAACAGAAGUGCGAGCAUCGCCAUCAAUCCUCCUGCGACUGCCGGUCCUCUUGAGACAAGUUUUGAUAUUCGCUCUGUUAGUGGCACCUCGCCUACACGGCGCCCUAGUCAGGCUGAGCUUCUCAAGGCUCAGCUCGGUAUCCAAACUCCCCCGCUUGAGGAUGAGGUACCAAUGACGGCUCCACUUGGGGGACGAACGCGUGUCACCUCUAGUGUCGCAUUCCCGAGCAUUCCCGAGAUUCCGCUUAGGGGAUCAUCUCCUCCCGGUCAGACUACCGUGAUCAGUGGUGGUACUUCGCUCGGCAAUUUCCUGCCCAACGGCAAUGUACACACAGUCAAGGAUAACACGCCUUCCAAGUCAGAUGUUGCUGUGUCUUGGCGCCGCGGAAGCACCACCAAUUCAGUUUUGAGUGGCCUCCGCACCGUGUCCGCUGCCUCGCCGAGCGUUAAAAUCACUCCACCUCCCGGUGAACGUAUUUCCCCACCUCCUGGCAAUGUCGCUACGCCCGCCAACAAGGCGCGCCCGCGCCCCUUGAGCUUUAAUGCGCCUCCUUCGCGCACGCGCCCUGUCAUUGUCCUGGACUCUGGAAGCGAGCACGAGGAUGCAUACUCAACUUCGAGUUCUACCUCGCUCUCCAACCCUCCUACGCCUCAUUCCUCAUCUUCUUUGGACACAUCGCCACUAUCGCCACGCGAGGAAGCCACCAAGAAGUUGUACGAGGGGCUGGGAAUGGGACGCCCUAUCCCACCUGCUGCGCCUAUUCCUGUCGUGCAUAAAUUUAUCGGCCCUUUCAGACAGCCUCGUGGUCCGCCUUCUGGUGCUGAUGAAUUAGGACCCAAGAACUUCGCCACGCGUGUCCGCCGCAAGGCCAUCGGCGGCCUUGGUGUUCUCAUGGGUGCUCGCGAGCGCCGGGAGGCACUUGAGGCAUACUAA